AUGCAAACAGUACUUGAUACUUGUCGAAAAAUAAAAUAUUUUUGUAAAACAUCUCCGAUUCAAAAUGUUUUCAAAAUUCUUGAUCAACCACAAUACAAAUGUUUGAACUUGGAUCUCAGUCCGUUGCAUAGUGCAAGUGUUGAUAAACGACAUACGAAAUCGGCUAUUUGCAAUAUGAAUGCUGGUCAAAAUUAUUCAUACAAUCAUGAUUUGGAUAUGCCAUUAAACAACCACGCAUUGAAUAAUGAUACCAAUGAAUGUGCUGUACAAAAAGAUUCACUGAUGUCAUUAACUGAAGAUAAUGGUAAUCGUUGUGAAGUUGAUGAUCAAAUGCUAAACAUAUCCGCACACACAGCAAUCGGUAAAUUCACAAGUGUAAGCACCAAUGAUAGCAUAAAGUUAACAGAUUCAGAUACAUUACUUUAUGAAAACGAUCAUAACGAUGAACAAUCGAAUCAAUAUCAAGAAGUUCAGAUGAAUAUAUUUUCGAUUAAUUUUGGAACUCCAAUAGUACCGUUUACAUCAGAACGUGAUGAAAAUAUUCAAAGUGAAGAGUGUCAUAACCCAUCUGAACGUAUUGACCUUUUAACUAGAUAA